AUGUGCGGAUGUGGUGUUCUUAUCGUCGGCCUCCUGCUGGUGGCGACCGUUCCUGCCCACGGCCAAUUCACGGGCUGCGACCGCCAGAAAACCUUUACGACCGGUGAGGUGUACUACGUGGAAUCUCCAAACUUUCCGAACUACUUCGCCAAAGGAACGAACUGCCGAUGGCUGCUGACGGCGCCGGUCGGGAACACCUUCUACAUCAACUGCUACGACAUGUACCUGGCGUCGGCAACCGGAUGCGUUGCCGAUCGGUUGGAAAUCUCACUGCAAAACGAUCCCUCGCUGCUUCAAGCCACCAGGUACUGUGGUCAGAACACGUUUACCCUGCAGUCGACCGGUAAUCAGGCGACAUUUGCCUUGCGCACCACCACUACCUCCACCGGCGGCCGGUUCCGAUGUCAAGUUGUGGCGCAAGCGAAGACAUGUAGCUGCGGACGACGACGUACAUCGAAGAUCGUCAACGGUGUGCAGACGCUGGUCAACGAGUUCCCAAUGAUGGCGGGACUGGUCGACAGUGGCACUAAGAAAGUGUUCUGUGGUGCCACAAUCAUUUCAGAAUUUCACGCUAUAUCGGCCGUACACUGCAUGCUGACGAAGAGUAUCUCCUCGGUGGGAUUGCUGGUUGGAGACCACGAUAUCACUAUAGGAACCGAUACCCCCUACGCCAAGCUGCUACUAAUCGCCUCCAUCACCAACCACCCGUCGUUUACAGCCAACCCUUCCCGGAACGAUAUCUCGGUCAUUCGCACAGCGACCCAGAUCGUCUUCAAUGCUGGCGUUGGACCUGCCUGCCUUCCGCUGCAGUUUACCACCAACAACUUUGCCGGCUGGACCGUCGAAGCGACCGGUUGGGGAACGGUGGAUUUUAGCAGCCCACCGUCUAACGUCCUCAGGAAGGUGUCGCUCGGGGUGAUCUCCCCUCAGAGCUGCGCCUCCCAGAUGCCCAACAUCAUCGAUUCACACAUCUGUACCUACACGGCCGGCAAGGACACUUGUCAGAGUGACUCCGGUGGCCCGCUGUUCAUGACCCAGGGUGGCGUCGUGUACCUGGUCGGCGUAGUUAACUAUGGAGUCGCCUGUGCCACCAACAAGCCGUCCGUAAGCAGUCGUGUGACAUCGCACAUUAACUGGAUCAAGAGUGUAACUCCAGGAGUUACCUACUGCACACCCUAA